GAAGAACAAGAAGAACAAGAAGAGGAACAAGAAGAAAGACAAAAGAGGAGGAGAAAGAGAAGGCAAGAGAAUUAAAAUCUGUCGGGGCAGCAGAUACUACCGACCGAGUGACUUUGUUCGCAUGAACUCCGCUGCUUCCCCAUCAACCAAGAAGCAUUAAAAACAACUUCAAUGUUCUAAUUCUGCAGAGCCAUGUCAUCCAAUCACAGUACGAAUUACAGCACCAAUGCAACUGCCAUCAACAACACAAGUCCUAGUUUCACAGGUGCCUUGGCACCUGAAGACAUCAAGCUAAUAGCCACAGUUUUCUUUUCUCUUGUCAGCUCCUUGGGAACAGUUGGUAACUUCUUGGUUAUAUUAACAUUGGUGCGCUGGGUCGACAUGAGGACACCUUGUAAUUUAUUCAUCGCAAAUAUCUCUUUCACAGACCUGAUUGUAUCGUUAGUAAUGGCGCCUUUAAGGAUUAUUGAGCAGCACACUGGUGGCUGGAUCUUUGGUGAAGUCCUUUGUUAUGUUAUCGCUCCAUUACAAGAUACACUAGCUUCAGCAUCCGUGUUAAGUCACACUGCCAUCGCCCUGGAAAGAUACCGAGCAAUAGUCGCUCCUUUUAAGCCGAGGUUAAACAAACGUAAAGUGAAAAUAUCCAUUUUGUUCAUUUGGAUUGGUUGUUACCUCGGUACUUCGUUUCCUCUUCUUUUCUUCGUGAAACAUGAACUUCGUAAUGGAGUCACGACUUGCCUGGCGUCUCAGUUCCCUAAAGAGGAUCGUUACAUCUUUUCUCUGUAUCUUGUGGUGUUUUUUAUCUUGAUUCCUUUGGUGUGUCAGGUUUGCUGUUAUAUCAUGGUGAUCAGGGUACUACGAAGGAAGGACGCCAUCCAAGACCAUCGUGAGUCGACCAGCACAACAGCGGAGAUUCAAAUCCAAACUUCUAAACAGCGCGUCAGGACGAAAAAAAGGUUGAUCAGAAUGCUUGUCGUGCUGAUGCUAAUCUUCCAGUUGUGUUAUCUUCCAAGAGCAUUCAUUAUGCUGAUCUACGAGUUCGCGCGACCCCUGACAACACACGAGGCGUUCCCCUAUGUAAAUAUAUCAACCAUGCUUCUAUUUUACGUCAAACACGUCAUCAAUCCUUUGGUUCUUUACUGCAUGAGCAGAGAUUACCGAGAUGGUUUCAUUGGUUUGUGCAUGUGUCGUACACUACAGGAUUUCUCACUACAGGCUGUGCCGGAAAGCGGAAAAAAGAGCUCUAACAAGACGAGACUCUAAUGACCACGUCAAGGGACACACCCACUUUAUGUCUUGCCAAUAGACACACGUUUACUCUUUGAGGAAGAUACAUGGUCACUUUGUAUUGAAGCUCUAGGACAUUGACCCAUGGAAAGACGAGCACGCUCACUUGCCAAUCUGAUUGUAAGACACUUUACUACUUUGUGUGUACACCACCCACUUAUUGCAUAGGAAGGGCACAUGGUCACUUUGUAUUGUACCCAUGGAUAGACGAGCAAACUCACUUGCCAAUCUGAUCGACAGACACUCCACCACUUUGUGCGUACACCACCCCCAAAAUGGAUGAGUAAGACAUAUGGUCAAUUUAUGCGCACACCUACAUGCCAUCCGGUUAGACAGACACACUCAAUGCAUGGGGAGAACACGUGCUCAUUUCAUACUGAAGGACAUGAACCCAUAUUGUAGAUAGACGCACACACCUACUUGCCAUUCGAAUAGAGAGAUACCGCGUUUCUUUCCUCAAUCAAUGUUGCGCAUGAUUUUGCAUCGAAUUCUUUUGCGCUUCGAGGAAUACAACCUCUGUUUUGCCUACUAUAUAGUAUCUCGCUGUUGUAGCAUACAUCUCCUGCUUGCAUGGGGUCUUUAUCUACCCUCCGUUUUACCACAACUCGAUCACAAAGGGGUAAAACAAACUCUCUUCACCUGCAGGUUAUUUAAUAAAUUUAGAGCAAAUGAAAAAGAAAAAUAUAAUCUUGAGCUUUUCAAUCUUGUUGUAUCUUAAUAGUUUGACCCACAAAUGAAAACUAUUUGUGCUUUUUGAUAUCGAUACGAACAUGAUAUGAAUUAUCAUAAGAAUUAUCCUGUUGCGAAUUCGUGUUMUGUGUCGUGUGAAUAAUGAUUUGUUUUCUUGAUCUUUGUACAAAAAAUUAAAUGAUGAUAUUUGUCAAUAAAUGGUGAAAGAAUUGAC